AUGGCUCCGACUAAGCCUGGAAAGACAGAUGAACCAGAGACGGACUUUGAACGUCUUAUUCAGAUGAUGGAAAACUUAUCAAAGCAAGUGGCAGAUUCAGACACUAGAUCCAGACUCGUGGAACGUCGCCUUGCAGACUUAGAAACAGCAAACCAACAUGAUGAAACAAGCGUGAAUGGAGAAGAGAGGAAUCAUGAUCGACAACGUCAUGAUAGAAGGAAUGAUCGAGACGCAGAGAGACACAAUUUUCAUCGUGGAUAUGAGCAAGACCCUGAUGAAAGGGUGAUGAGAUCAGUGAAAGUUGACGCUCCUAAUUUUGAUGGGGAGCUAAACCCUAAAGCACUACUCGACUGGUUGGCUACCAUGGAUCGCUAUUUUGAGUGGCAUGACAUGUCUCAAGCUCGAAGGGUGAGAUUUGCUAAGAUAAAAUUGGUGGGUCAAGCUGGAUUGUUUUGGACCAAUGUUGAAACUCAGCUAGAGAGAGCUGGUGAAGAACCAAUCAUCCAUUGGGGUGAGAUGAAAGAAAGGUUGAAGCAGAAAUAUCUACCAUUAUCCUAUGAACAGAGGAAGAUCGAAGGAUGA